AAGUCCCUCUUGAUUCUUCGCCAUGCCACUGAUACGUAAAGAGGGCAAAGACACCAUUAUCUUCGCGUCUAAGGAGGAUCAUGCAAUACCCAGCAAAAUCAGUCUUCCUGAACCGGAACCCAGUCCCGGGCUGUUAUUGCCCAAUGGCGAGAUCAAUUGGAACUGCCCGUGUCUAGGAGGCAUGGCGACUGGGCCAUGCGGUUUAGAAUUCCGUGAAGCCUUCUCCUGCUUCCACUACUCCACUGCAGACCCAAAGGGCUCGGACUGUCGCGUUGCGUUCGAGACGAUGCAAAGCUGUAUGUCGCAAUACCCGGCUCUGUACGAGAGCAAGGGCAUGUCGACAGACGACCUGGAAGACGAUGGGAUUGGGGAAGAGGUGGAACAGAAGAAGCAGCCACAGGAGGGUAGCGAUGACAAGAGAAAGGUGGUGGUUGCUAGUCAAGGCGCGGCGCAUUAGCAAUAGUAGUCUUUUUCUCACACGUAUCUUAAUUACUUUAAGAAACUUAAUUUUACCUGUUGCCUGUAUAGUUCAAAAUAAAUUUUUUGAAAGAACA